AGUCGCAACGAAGACAGUAGCCCCACGAUACCCAAGAAGCUGUCUCGGCAUCUAUUACAUCUCGUCAGUCGCGCGCAGAUGAGUCCGAGAGAAGCAGUGCGAGAACCGCCUCGCUCACUCUGGCGCCAGGCACUGAUUUGGCCUUCUAGUCCCGCGUUACUCAAGAAAAACGCCCGUGUUGCAGCUCUAGAAAGGAGUCAUAGAGGUAGUAGUAACCAGAACGAGCCAUGUGUUAGUUCUAGUGAGAUUCAAUCCACCGUGGACACAACAGUCUUCGCGUUGGAGCAGCAGAAUGACCAGCCACAGGACAAAGAGACUCAUGUACUCCAAGCAGAUAAGAGCAUCAGCCCUCGCAAAGCGGCCGCAAAGGACAACAACCUCCUCGAUCUCAGCAGCUCGGUCAAGAAACCCGAACUUUCGGUCCUCAAACUGACACAAGGCAGUGCUAUCCACGCGACGACAUCGGCAUCGUCGUUGAAAGUACUGCAGUCAUCACUUCCCGAGCCACCACUGAACAUCGUCAAGCGUGCGUCGCUCUACGAGGAACUUCGCGAGUUCUGUGCUAAUUGUGACGCUCAGAUCACCAUGUUCCCAGACUACUUCAGUCACGAGGAGAAGCUUAUGGUUCAGGCAGUAGCUCAGGGUCUGCAGUUGGGCUGUCAAGUUGGUGAGAAGAGCGUCGCGGUGUACAAACUCCUCGGUCACUCACAACAAGGCCAAUCACUGCGUUCGUGUCCGCCUCCUAUUAAAGGAAGCAGCAACAACGUCGCCGAUGACGUGUAUGUCGAUGUUCAUGAACUGGCUCAGCACGGCAAAGACGGCUUUAUCGCAAAGCUGAGACUACGUCGGCUGAGCUCUGGAAGUGGACUACGCCGCAAGAUGCUUUGGGACGUAGCAGAGUUGAGCUCCACAGCCGAUGGCAUGGCUGACCCUGUCGGUGAAGGUGAAGGUGGUGUGUACGCAGUGCAGUCUCGAUCUAGCGGACAGAAGCUUGCGCUCUUCAAGCCUGCCGAAGAGGAGAAGUUCGUGCGUGAAGGACUCUUCGCUGGAGAAGGAGCUGUUCGUGAGGAGGCAGCUUACGUGCUUGAUUCACGCAGCAAUGGCUUCAGUGGAGUGCCACCCACGGCUGUGGCACAGCUUCGGCUUACGAAUGUUGGGCGAGCAAAGCAAGGAGCUGUCCAACGCUUUAUGUCGAGCACUAUCGGUAGCAUGGAGAGCUUCGGAAUGCCCUUUGACCUCGACAAAGCUCGCGAGUUUGUUCCGGUAGAACAAGUCCACCGCAUUGCGCUGUUGGAUGUGCGCGUGUUUAAUACGGAUCGACAUCCAGGUAACAUUUUACUGAUCGGCGAGAAGAAGCCAUAUACCAUGGUGCCUAUCGACCACGGCUGCAUCCUUCCAAGCUGGUUCCACUUGUCCGAAGCGCGUUUCGACUGGCUCGAGUACCCGCAAACCCUUGAGCCGUUCUCGCCUGCGGCCAUGCAGUAUAUCGAGGCACUGGAUGCUGAGAGAGAUGCCAAGACCUUGCGCUCGCUUGGGAUUCGCGAGGAGUGCGUGACCACACUUAAGAUCUGCACUCUCUUUUUGAAGCUGGCAGCUACUCAAGGCAAGACUCUGCACUGGAUGGGGAACUUCAUGACACGCGAUGGGUGCUUCCAAGAGCCGUCGCGUCUGGAACUCGCUAUUCAGAGCGCAUGCGAGCGUUCCGGUAUCCCAUACACGUUCAAGCCCAACAAGUUCGAUGAGCAGCGUGGCGAGAUCGAAAUCGGCGUGUUAAGUCGCCGUCCACCCAACGAGUUUUUCCUCGCGCUCGAGCGUUUGCUGCUCGAGGCGAUUUCGAGUGACAAGUCCUAGACUUUAGUCUCUGAUGCACGCAGGUUAGCAAAGAUAUCAACUCUACAUGGCAGCAAACCAAGUCAGUAACUAGUAAACGUAUGUCGACGCUAAAACUUGAGCAGAAGCAGAGUAACCUCAAACUGUACCCCGGGUUUUG